AUGAGUCAUGUACGCUUUCUGGGGUUUGGAAAGAAUUUCAUAGCGUUCCGUUGCACGACAUACAGCCUACUACAGCAAAACCUCUCAAUUAGGAUGCGUGCGCCUUUACUCGCUCCCUCGUUGGUACUUAUAGCUCUUCAAUCGAAACAGCCCGGUGUGAUGAAGGAGGCCCUGAAAUGGUAUGAUAGAGGACUCGGCUAUUUACGAACUAGAUUGAAGCAUCUCAAUGAUAACGUGACGGAUGAGGCGGAGGAUAAUUUUUUGAUUUAUGCGGCUCUCUUCAUGUCUAUCUAUGAGAGUCUACAAACUACUGUCAUUGGUGGAUAUGAGCAACAUGUCAUUGGCGCUGUCGCUCUACUGCAAGCCAAAGGCCCCGAGUUGUUUGCGAAACCUGAAUAUCACGAUUUAUUCCUGGCAAUCAGGGGACACGCGAUUCAUGUAUCUUUGAUGACAGGAAAUCCAACAUGUCUUGCUAAUGAAGAGUGGUUAUUAACACCAUUCCCCCAACAAACGAGGACAAAGUUUGAAAUAAUUAAUGAUAUCCUUCUUUUAAUACCCAAAUACCUAUCAGAACUGCGCAAAGAACUCUACUACGCUGUGGAUACGUUCAAACAAGACAGCGCAAAGCAAAAGUUUAUAUGGAUGAUUGACUCCAUGAAGAAAGACCUGGAUGAAUUACAGGGCCACAUAUUGCAAUUCUUACGGCCGAUGCCUUCAAGCAGAGACUCGAUCUUAGCCCCAGAUAUUGGCACAAAUGAGAACGAGCCAGAUUACUGUGAUUUAUAUGACUUUACCAGUCCAAUACACGCCAAGAUAGUUGCAAUGAGUGCUUGCGCCAGAAUCGUUAUCCUCGGCAUUCUAUCAUCGACAACCUUAUCUACUCCUCCUUGGCCAUGCUUUUUCCCGAUCGAGAACUGGCACGAUGAAACACUUGUUGCUGAGAUUGAGGAGGCUUCGAAACAAAUCCUUUCCGCGUCCCAGUAUCUUUCUCAGUUCAUAAUAGGUUGUGCCUAUUCGCGCAUGAUAUUGCCUCUGCAGGUGGUCGGUCAAAUGAGCCCGAAUCAGGCACAGAGGGAAACAGCGAGAAACAUUUUAGAAUCUUGGUAUAAUGAUACACCAGUCAAGGGCUUAACAUUGCUAGCAUUGCAAGCUAUUGAUACGACGUCUUAUUAUUUGUCUGGUCUCGGGGUGUCCUGA